AUGCUUGCUCUUCAACAAAAGCCUGAAAUUGUUAGCAAUGAUGAAACUGAGAAAACUCUUGAUUCACUAUUUUUAACAUGCGCUCAAUUAGCUGCUUAUAUAACAACAAUUACGAAUACCACUGAUCGAACAAUAUUAAUAAUUGAUUGUGGUUCACCAUUACGGCAUACUGAAAGACGAGUUCAAGGUUCAUUUUUAUUAAAUGUUAAUGAUAAAAUAUCUCGAAAACGUUUGGCUACUCGUGGUUUAAAAAAUUUCUUAGAUAACAAUCAAUUAAAUCGUUUAAAUAGCAAUGAAAUCAUUAUUUUAUAUGAUGAUUCUAUUCGUCCAUCAUCAGCAUGUGCUAAUGCAUCAAUUCAAUCUCAACUUUCAUCGUCAAUGAAGUGUGUUUAUGACGAAAUAAAACGAUAUGAUGCAAAUAAAACAAUUUAUAUUCUUGAAUCACCAUUUGACGAAUUUUAUCAACAUUAUCCAUCGCUUUGCUAUAUUAGUACAUCAACAGACGAAGAUAUUUCAUCACCGGCAAUAUUAACAGCUGUACCAAUAGAUAUUGAUUCCUUUCAAUUAUCUGAAAUAAUACCUGGUCUUUAUCUUGGUAGUUCAAAUGAUGCUGAAAAUCUUCGUUUAUUACAAGCACAUCAAAUAGAUGUUAUAAUUAAUGUAUCAACGACAAUUCCAAAUUAUUUUGAAAAUGAAAAUAUAUUUGAAUAUCAUCGAUUACCAUGUCAUGAUUCAGCAAAUCAAAAUAUUCUUCAAUAUUUUGAAACAACAUUUGAAUUUAUUCAUAAAAGAUUAUCUAUGAACAAAAAAAUUCUUGUACAUUGUCAAGGUGGUGUUAGUCGUAGUCCAUCAUUUAUUAUUGGUUAUUUAAUGAAAUAUCAUGUAAAAACAUUUGACGAAGCUCAUCGUCUUGUAAAAACUAAACGAUCUAUAAUUAAUCCAAAUUUAAACUUUCUUGGACAAUUAAUGCAAUAUGAACAAUUGUCGAACAAAGCUUAA